UGAUGGUUAUCGUGGCUUUUUCAGAGGUUAUAUAGCCUCAACAGCAUUAGGAAUAUCUGCUGGAUCAAUAUUUUGGACAGUAUAUUAUACAUGCCUGGAAAGCAUUCGAUGGUGUAGGAGAAAAUUUCUUCAUGAUUUGCUUGGGUAUGACAAAGACGGACAUCCUUAUCUUUUAUUAGAUCAGGGAGUAGCUGCAGCGACGUCUUCCAUAGUAGCAACAACGCUAACAAACCCACUAGAAAUACUACGAUUACGUGCGCAGGUUCAACGUGCAUCCUAUGCAGGUACAAUUAAAACGCUGUGGUUCGAUGAGAGAUACGGAAUAAUAACAAAAGGUCUUUUACCACGGAUGAUUAACAGCUGUAUAUAUGCGACGGCGACAAUGAUGAUUUACGAAACUUUGAAGAAAAUUUGUGUACUACCAGAAUAUCAGGGCCAAGUAAUUUGGUGAUAUUUUCUACUGGUG